AUGAAGACAGCAGCAGCAGCAGCAGGAAGCAACGCAGCAUCCACUGGUUCCCGCCACCUGCUGCCGCCGCAGCAGCAACAGCAGCAGCAGCAGCAGCAGCUUUUUGUUGCUGGGUCUAGCCGGAGCCCUUCUCCCAACCCUCCUGCUGCUGCUGCUGCUGCUGCUGGUGGUGCUGCAGCAGGAGCUGGUGGUGGAGGCAAGGGUACUGGGGGUAGCGCAGCAGGCGCCGGUGCAGCAGCAGCAGCAGCGGCAGCAGCAGCAGCAGCAGCAGCAGCAAAUGCUGCACUGGUGCUGCAGCAGGAGCUGGUGGUGGAGGCAAGGGGCGCAGCAAACGCAACCCCACCAACAAACACCAUCAGCAGCAGCAGCAGCAGCAGCAGCAGCAGCACAAGCACUACCAGCACCAGCAGCAGCAGCAGCAGCAGCAGCAGCAGCAGGAGCCACCCAAAGACUGGCGGGCAGUGGCUUGCGGUGUCGCUACACCCCAUCAGCUGCCCUACCCCCUGGGACUGCGGCAAGCAGCAGCUGCUGCUGCAGCACCAAAAGGCAUCAGCAGCAGUUCGCUCCCUUCAGGCCGCGCUGUUUACUGCUGGGCGGGGGCCCCCCCCCCCGCCCCCCUGCGCCUAUGCUGCUGAGCGGCUGCUGCUGCUGAGCUGUCUUUGCUGCUGCUGCAUGCCGACAGAAGCCACGCCCCCGCAGCAGCAGCAGCAGCAGCAGCAGCAGCAGCAGCAGGAGGGGGGGGGAGAGCUGCCUGCUUCGCUCGUACACUUGGUUGCUGCUGCUUGUCUGCUGGAACAAGAACCCGCAAACCUUAAUAUGGCGCUACAGCUGGCUACUUUGUUGGCUCUGCGGCCGCAGCAGCGGCAGCUGCUGCGUCCUUUGCUGCUGCAGCAGCUGCAGCAGCAGCAGCAGCAUCUCGAUGUGAUGAUGAGAGAAACAACCGACAACAAAGAAAGACAGCUGCAGCAGCAAACAGCAGCACAAGUUGCUGCGCUGCUGUCUUCGCUGCAGCGCCGCGGCACUGCAGCAGCAGCAGCAACAGCAACAACAACUGCAGCAGCAGCAGCAGCAGCAACACAUCCCUCAGCAAGGGGUACUCCUGCUGCUGCAGCAGCAGCAGCAGCAGCAGCAGCAGCAGCAGCCAGAAAAAAUUAA